AGUCAGGACAUGUAGUUUUCAAGCUCGGGCACAGUUCCUGAACAUGCUCCUGCAGUUGAAAGCCUUCGUUAGUCACCGCCUGGUUGGCAACGGUAUAUCAGACGCACCUGAUAAUCUUGUUCCAUGAUCUCCUCAUCACAGCGUGAGCAUUUAUGAAGCUCAUGCAUGCAUUUGUUUUCUGCGCUCAGGUCCUUCUUUCGAGUCUUCUUCGUACAGAAGACAUCGGGACAAUCCAGAAGUCUGUAGCCGCAAUAUUUGUCCACAUGGGACUGAAUAUGGCCUCUUGGAACGACUUCCUCGCAGCCUUCAGCCCCAAAAGGGCACUUUACCCGUAUAUCGUCGCACAUAUUGACCAAGAAUCGAGGGACGUUAAGGUAGACCCCUCUUGCUGGCGCUCGACAGGUAGGGCAUUUGAACUCGUCUCGACCGGUCGCAAAGGUGGUGAUAGCAGUGUUCAGACAUUUCUGGCAGAACACAUGAUCGCAUUGCAAUCUCACUGGGCGUAUGUAUGGACAGUGGCAUAUUGCACACAUGAGAUGAUCGUCAUACUGGGAAACAUAGUCCAAAGAGCGGAGGUCGACAAUCUCAUCAAGGUCGCUGCUCGGCUCCAUCGCAAGAAACUCGUCGAUAUUCAUCUUGCCCAAGUGCGCCCGGUUCGCAGUGCGCCAGAUUUAUAUUUUUCAAAGGCCCUCAGCCUUGUCGUACAAGUAACAAUCAAUGUAGGGGGCGAUCGAGAACGGAUCGUCUUUCGAGUUGCCGAAGGGAUACCAGGAUGAAACAAUAGCGCCGAGAGGCACGCAUGAGGGGUUACACGGUGGCUGAAGCUCGCUAGGAAUGUGCUGACUUGGACGACGAUAGCGACAAAUUUCGACGAAGUAUCACAAAGGAAAGAGUUGGAAAUAGGUAGAGGUAGAGUUAGAACUCGGAGAACCGGAGACAAGGAAAGGAAAUCGGAAGUAUUGCGGGGGACGAGUUGAGCGGACGAUAAUUGAUAGUAAUUCCACUGGGCGGCGGCAGCGGCAGAUCAUUCCCGCGCCCGGCCGAGAACAGUCUUUCGU